GUUAUUCCUCCACAUGUGCACCAAGUUACCAGUGUCAUCUUCUUCACUUAGGAAUGUUACUACGUUAAGUAUGUCUGAUAUAACUGUAAAGGGGAAAAAAUGUCCACAUCUGAAACAAAGCAAAGUCUCUAUACUGCAUUUUAAUCUGUCAAAGGACUUCUUGGAUUAUGUCCACUUUUAAACAAAUGCUGGCGAAAAGAUCCCAAAGCCUUCCACUCCACUCUGUGAGGGACUGCACAUGGAGUGAGUCAUUGGAUUUGAUUCCAAUCAGUGAAUAGCCCAAGGAUCAACCACAACCAGAAAAAACGAAAAUGACUGCCUUCACCACUCCAAGAGACAAGUAUCAUGCUGUCUGGAUCAUCUUUUUCAUCCUGGGACUUGGAACUCUAUUGCCAUGGAACUUCUUUAUGACUGCAACCAUGUAUUUUGUGGAGCGGCUGAAGGAUUCACCAGUUGCGGUCGGUAAUGGUACGCUGAAUGUCACUGUGGCAGGAGACGGCCGCAAUGUCUUACAAGCGAAGUUCAGCAAUGUGAUGACGCUCUGUGCCAUGGUGCCUCUUCUCAUCUUCACCUGCCUCAACUCCUUUAUCCACCAGAGGAUCCCUCAGAAGCUGCGUAUCUCCGGCUGCCUCUCGGUCAUCCUGGUGGUGUUCCUGAUGACCGCCAUCCUGGUCAAAGUGGACGUGACCCCGGUGCCGUUCUUCACGCUCACCAUGAUCAAGAUCGUCUGUAUAAACUCCUUUGGCGCCGUUCUGCAGGGCAGUCUCUUCGGCCUGGCGGGAAUGCUUCCUGCCUCGUACACCACACCCAUCAUGAGUGGCCAAGGCCUCGCUGGGACCUUCGCCGCGUUCUCUAUGAUCUGUGCCCUGGCCUCUGGGUCUGCCCUCAACGACAGUUCCUUUGGAUAUUUCAUCACCGCCUGCGUUGUCAUCCUGUUGGCAAUCUUCUCCUACCUCGCCCUGCCCAAAAUGGAGUUUUUCCAGUACUAUGCCGAGAGCAGUGGGCCACGGCCUACUAGUGACGAAGAGAACAAGAUGGAUCUGCUGAAGAAAGACGGCCCUGCAGAGAAAAGGCCUGUGGUCAGUCUGACCGACGAAGAAAGCAAGCCAGCUGUGUCUGUGUUCGCCAUCUUUAAGCAGAUCUGGGUCAUGGCUUUGUCUGUGUGCUGCAUCUUUGCGGUCACCAUCGGUACAUUCCCUGCUGUAACUGUGGACGUGAAAACCACAGUAGCUGAGCCUGGUGCUUGGGAAACUUAUUUCAUCCCCGUGUCCUGUUUCCUCCUCUUCAAUGUGAUGGACUGGGCCGGACGCAGCCUGACCGCUGUGUGUAUGUGGCCUGGGAAAGACAGCAUUCUGUUGCCCAUUCUGGUGUGUGCACGCGUCAUCUUCGUGCCACUCUUCAUCCUGUGUAACGUGCAGCCCAGACACUACCUGCCUGUGGUGUUCAGUAACGACGCCUGGUACAUCAUCUUCAUGAUCAUCUUCGCCUUCAGUAAUGGCUACCUGGCCAGUCUCUGCAUGUGCUUCGGUCCAAAGAAAGUGGCUCAGCAUGAGGCCGAGACAGCUGGGGCCAUCAUGGCCUUCUUCCUCUCCUUGGGCCUGGCGCUGGGAGCCGCACUGUCCUUCGGCUUCCGGGCGAUGAUCUGAGAGACUGACAACUCAGCGGGGCACCUGUUCUCUUGAGCCUCUCCCCCUGCUGAGGACUCGGACUUUGAGUUGUGAGGGGUCAGGGUGGGGGGGCUUAUAUUUUCAUUUUUUUUUGACCAGCCUGUCUCGCAUCACUCAGAGCCAGAAGUGCGUGCGUCUGGUUGAGGUCACAGAGCCCAGGAGAACGCCACCUGCGCUACUUCCUUCCCUUCCUGUAUUAAUACCGCUUCUCUGUCCUGUUAGGAGGGACUGCUACAUUAACUGUGCCAGCAGCGGUCAGUCAAGUCUGUGUUGCUGCCGCUCCUUUGCAAACCUGGUCCUACGGAAAACUGGAGGAAAAAAAAACAAACCAUGUGUGUCAAAUGUGAAGAACAAUGAACCCCUUUUUAUUACAGUUUAGGUGCCUAAUUAUGAAGUGUAGACUAGUCCUGUAAGUGAUGUAGAAUUAGUUUAUAAAAUGUUGAACAAGAUAGUUUCAGGUUGUUUAAAAAUACAGUGAAUAGUUUCAGGUUGUUAAAAAUACAGUGAAUAGUUUCAGGUUGUUAAAAAUACAGUGAAUAAGGCUCUGUAGCAUGAACUGUUAGAUCAGCUUGUAAGUGCAUUGCACUGACGCUUGUGCCAAUUGUCAUUUGACUCAGUGCAACAAAAAUGAUGCAGCUAUUAGUAUCUGAAGUACUCACAUUUGAAAUGUCUUUAAAAGACAUGUCUGCCUGACUUUAUCAAGCCAAUUAAGUUACUUAGGUCAACUUUGUUUUACAAAGGCUUCAGGUUUAUAAUUCAGCAUUGCAUGUAUAUGUACUGUAUGAAAUGCCUGUUCCUUCAAACAUUUUUAAAAACUUAAGAUGAAGGAAAAUCUAUUUUUAGCCUUACUAGAUGUUUAGAUUUUUGUUUUAAAUGGACCUUGUGGUAAUAGAAGUUUUGGUUGACCAGUGUUUCAACGCUUCCUUUUUUAAAAACGAUCUUUUGUAUUCUGUAUAUAAUGAGCCUGUGUUGUAUUUAUCAUCUGUGUGCAUUCUAACUGCUCUCAAUUUUUUAAAAAGCACAAUGUGCAGUCAGGUUUGGUGUCUUGUCUGUUCAGAGUGACGACUCGGGUAAAAUGAGGUAAUGGGGAGUCUCUGCUCUGUCGCCGUUGUAUGUAAACUGUUGUCAACUGCCAAAUUGUAAUUUGUGAUGGGGAAAAAAAAAUACAAUAUGUUUAUAUAAAA